UUACGUUCUGUCAUUCUCAAAGAAAAGGCUGUUUUUCUGCUAUUUCAUUGUACCUAUUGUACUUUAGCGUGCUUUGGCUUAUUUGCAAAUAGUCAAAGUUUACCUCCGCAUUAUAUAGCAUUUAAGUAUACCAUUUAUUCAAUGAUUGUGAUAAGGAAUAAAAUACAAACAAAAUUCAUGCAGUAAAAGUGCCGUCCGAGGGCGAAUCUCGCAAUGGAAAAUCUCGACCAAAGCAGCGAUAAAAACGUGUCAUUAAGUUUAAUUGCUGAAUAUCGUUCGGAUUCGGAGUCCGAAGAAACACCAUCCAAUGAAAAUGCUGGUGAAAAUACAGACGGUGAUUCCGACACAGUGGAACUCAGUGAAAUGGUAUUAAAAAAUAACAUUAUAAAUGCUUGCGCUCACGGUCCAUUGUCGAACCCCAAAUUUAGCAAUAAUAUAGAAGUGACUACGCAUAUGAUUAUAGAUAAUUCAGAAAAUGGUAUAUCGGAAUAUGAUGUAACAAUGUAUAGAGUAGAUGAUGAGGAUAGUGAAAGUGAUUCUGAUUCCGACAGUUCGGACGAUUCCAGCGACAGUGACGUAGACUCAGUCAAGGACAUCGAGGAGUUAUCCAGCGGAGAUGAAGUAAGCGGCAAUACUGGUGCAGAAAAAAUAGUUCAACCCAAAGUUCAUGGGGAGCUUGAUUUAGACGAUCUGCCACCAAUAGAAGACCUCACCAUCAGUCUUCCAGCUCAAGAAACUACCAAAAUCGGAAAAAUUUUCAGUAUAGUUGAUAGAUUAGUUGUAGUACAAGCAUUCCCCGACACUCCAGCAGUUGAUAUUGACAGUGUCCUGUUCCUAGAUAAUGGUGCUAAGGCUUUGGGCAAGGUGUUUGAUGUCUUUGGACCUGUUACAGAGCCCCACUACUGCGUCCGGUUCAACUCAACGGAGCAUAUAAAAGAGCGCGGUGUUGAAGUCGGCAUGGACGUAUUUAUAGCGCCACGCACCAACCACACCAGCUACGUCUUCCUUUCUGAACUUAUGAAGGUGAAAGGUUCAGACGCGUCUUGGUUAAACGAUAUUGAGCCUCCACCGAGCCAGGUGGAAUUCUCCGAUGAUGAAGAGGAGAGAAAAGCCAGAAGAGAAAAGAAACAAAGCAGGCAGCAAGAAGGCUCAGAAAAUGGUGAAACAUCCAAAAAUCCUCCACGAAAAAUGUUAGAGGCGAGAAGAAAUAGGCCGAGUCAGUCCACUAGCAGGUUUAGACCUGGUCCAAAUAGAGGCUAUAAUUUCUACGAUAAUAGAGCUCAGAAUCCCUUCAUGGCUUUCAACGGAUCUCGGCCAGAUUUUGAUAGAAGGAUUCCCCCCCCUCAUCCUAUGUCGGAUUCCGGAGUUCCACUGUCAGCUCCUCCCGGUUUCACAGUACCUAUGUACCCUCCGCCGUUCCCAAGAUUACCUCCCAGACAGCACUUUGGCAGGAAUCCUUUGCUCCAAACACCUAAUAUGCCACCAUUUAGACAGAACAUGCCCGUAUUUGGGUCCAAUUAUUGCAAUAUGCCCGGCCCUCAACCACAGUGGUUGAACAGGCCUCCACCUCCUCCAGGAACUUAAUUUUACUAUAAUAAUUAUUUGAAUUCUAUCUAAUGCUAGCAUCGUCAUACCAGGGCAUAUUAUUGCCAUCAUGGCCAUCUAUGUUAUGAAACUAUGUAUAAAUAUUAUGCGUAGUUUAUUGAAAUAAGACUAGAUUCUAUUUUCCAAAAGUCAAAGAUGUGUUAAUGAUUUAAUGAUGAGAGUAUUUUGUGGGAAGUAAAAAUAAAAAACUAAAAAAAAAUCCUUAGUUUAGAUGGGACAAGAAAUAUAUGUUUUAUGUUUGAUUUGGUCUUAUCUCAAUAUAUUCUACUGUUGGCUUCGUUGAUUGCAGGCAAUACUCCAUUUACGCGUCGGAUGUGAUUAAAAUUCAUUAACUAACAAUUUACUCGUGUUUCGUGUAUAUAUGUACUAAUAAAUUUCGGCUUGUGCUCUGGUGUGUAUGAGCCUUAAGUGUUUGAUAUUCUAGUGUUGUUAUCCAAAUACCUGUAUUUAUCUUAAAUAUAGUUAUUAUUACAUUA